GUUAAAUGUAUCAAAGCUCCUGGCAUUGAUUCUCCUUAGACAAUGGGAAGGCAACUCAAACAACUGGUACUUCUUGUCAAGAAGAACUUAGUGCUUCUAAGGCAGAGAAAGGGGCAAGUUCUUUUCGAGGUCCUUCUCACUUGUUUGACCCUGUUGGCAUUUAGUUUUCUCCGUGGUACUUCAAUGUUCGAAACACAGGAACAAUGCAUGAAGCCCUCUUCGUUAUCAGAUCCUCUUCACGAUAUUUGGGGUGAAAAGAAAAUGAUCGCAAUAUCUCCUGCCAACAAUAAUCUAGUCGAUGAUUUGUCGAGUAGAAUGUUGACCAUGGAUACUUUCAAGUUCUCAGAUGUUACAAGGAAAGUACUAGAUUCAGAAAAUAUUACCGACGAAAUCAAGGAAUUUAGGGACGGCAAUUCGAGGUAUCUAGUUGUAUUCCCAACCAAUGACAAAUUUAAAGAAUACUUGAAAACGAACUCAACAGAGUUCAAAGCAGCUAUUGUUUUUGAAGGGGAUGAGAAGAAUAUAUCCUACUCCAUCCGGUACCACAGAGCGGAUGCUGACAAUAUAGACAUUGACGGAUACUGGAACACAGAAAGAUUGUUUCUUCGUAAGCCUGAUCAGAAAGAAAUUACGUCCUCACCAUACGACAAUACGGGGUUCGCUGCUUUGCAGAGAUUAAUUGACUCCUGCAUUCUUCUGAGAGAAGGAGUGGAGUACAAUCCAGCAAUCGCUAUAAGGAGUGUACCUACACCGGCAGAGAAGACAGAUCCCUUUGUGGAUAUGAUGUUCUCAAUGUUAAUCCCUGUCUCAAUGCUCAUCGGGGCAUUCCUCAUUACUUCCUCUAUUGCAGCAGACAUUGUCGAGGAAAAGUUUUCUAAAAUGAGGGAAAUUCAGCGAAUGAUGGGUCUGACUGACACCAUAAUGUGGCUGAGUUGGAUUAUCCAGAGGUCUCUCAUUAUAAUCGCUUGCUCCGCCCUGAACGCCACAGUUCUGAUGUUUUGCGGAUACACGCCACUGAGUGACGGAACAGUGGUUUUUGUGUUUCUCCUGCUUUACUACACAGCUCAUACCUUCUUCGUUUUCUUUGUAACGUCACUACAACGGAACAUGAAAUCAGCUCCGGCAGUAAUGAUGUUCCUAACUUUUCUACAGUACCUUCCUUAUAUUGUCCUCGAGAUCCCUCAUCUCUCCAGGAGUGUAAAGAUGAUUGUGUCUUUACUUCCGCUUUCGGGUUCUUCCAUCGGAUUGGUAACAAUCGCCGAGUGGGAAAAGAUUGGGCUCGGAGCAAAGUGGAACAACUUAGGGGACAGUCUGAGCGUUCUUACAGCAUUUUCAAUAUCUGACGUGAUGCUUAUGCUCUUAGUCGACAUUUUCAUCUACGGAUUCCUUACUUGGUAAGCUCCAUAUUUUCUGGAGAGGGUAAAUGAUAACCAGAUUACCGUUAUUGUUUCAGAUGUUUAUUGUUUAACCCACUUAGUAAUAUAAUUUAAAUGAUUCUUCAUAAGAUAAGCUUUGUGAAGUAAUGUAAGCUGUUUUAUUCCGAGAUUCUAUGUUUCCCGCCCUUUAGGCGAUUUAUAAAUUCCGCACGAUGUUUGCCUUUUUAUUUUCGACCCUCUGCCUUGAAUUGUACAAUUUAACAGAGA